CCAUUCCUCUGGCAUCUCUAUAACCUAUUUGGAAAUUUUAGAUUUUUUAAAUUCAGGCUUUUCCCAAAAUCCUUCAUUAGGUAACGGGAAUUUUGAACAACUCCACUAUUAAAUUUUCGAAUAAAAUCUAUCUAGGCCCGAUUAACAAAUUAAGCAACACCUUGUGUCUUAUUUCCGACUUUAUUUAUUUUUAUUUGCGCGUUCCGUCGGCCACACCUUAUUAGGUUCUGUUUUCUUCUUACAUACCCCUUCUGCUUUUAAAAAUGAGCCCCCAGUCCUGAUCUUUAGACCCGUCUUUGAUCUUCAGAUCCAUCCCUGAUCUUCAGCCUCUUUCCAAGUUCACUUUUUGUCAACAAUUAAACUUUUUACAAAUUACUCCAAAAUUUAUUUAAAUUCUUUAAAAUUUCAGUACUUGUUUCCCAAUUAAUUUACCUAAAAAUAAUUAAAAAUAAAAUGAGUAUUUCAUUUAACGAUCAGCCAAAACUUGUUCUCUUCAUUACCCUGUGUUCGAUAUCUCUAGUUGAAUCAGCUUAUACUUACCAAAAAUUGAAUGAAUUAAUGCCUGAAUUGAGACAAUUUCUUGGUUUGACACAUCUGGGCACUCUACGUCCAUUAAAUACACCUAAAGCUAAUCAACAACCAAUACAUUUAUCAGCAUUUGCUAUACCUUCCUUUGCUGAUCAAGGACAAUUCCAGGCAUCAAAGAGGACACCUGAUUAUAACGAGUUACGAGUACGCAAAUCAAACAAUUUACGAAAUUUAAUGCGGAUUGGAAAACGGCAUUUUGAUUCAAACGAACAAAAAGGAAAUUCUGCAUUUGCUCCAAACGGUGAAGAACAGACUGGAGGCAAUAUCUAUUAUUAUUCUCCUAGUUUUCCAAUUGACAACCAAUUGCCGUUUAUUAAGCCAUAUCGCCCACAAUCAAUUUGGCUAUAAUGGGUAAUGAAGAAAAUUUGAAAUGAAUUUAAAAUAAUAUUUUCUGAUAUAAUCUUAAGCUUCGUUUAAACAAAAUUGUCGAAUAUUUUGGUUAAAUUUUAAAGAUCGUCGCCGCCAUUUUUGUAAUUUUAAUUAGAUAUAUAUCCAUCACUCGCAUAAAUUACUACCUGUUAUUAUUGAUUGAACAACAGGGUGUUCGACAUAUCGAAAAUAGUCAGUCUCGAAUUUAAUCACUGUCGAGAUUAGUAACUUAGAAAUUAUAAAGCUUUCUAUAAAUGAAACACUCCCCAAAUUUAGCCAUAAUUUGAUGUUAGUUUUAAUUUAUAUUGGUAGCUUAUUCGUCGCUUCGGCGAAUAAACUUGAAAACACCACUUUAGAACGUGAAAAACACAAA